AUGAACGCAACGACAGCCACAGUACUCCUCAUUUGCCUUUUAGCUUCGAUGCCAGUUGUCAAUGGUUUCUUUAUGUUAUUCCCACAAGCAAACGAUCGUAUCCUGGCUCUGGAACUUGCUGAUCAGGCCGCAGCCCAGUUGGCAUCGGAAGGAGUUUUGGUUGACCCAGAGGAGGCAAUGAUGGCAGCAAAGAGAACUUCUUCAAGCCGAGGAUCAAUGAUGCGACGACGAUCUGCUGAUGGUUACGCUUGCCCAUGUCUACACAAAGUAUGCUCUUAUCAUUGCAUGACCAAGUAG